ACCUAUUACUUUUUUCUGCCUUUCCACUCUAUACAGCUGACGAACUCAAACCGUCACCCAAUGAUUGGACUGAAUCCGAAGUAAGCACCUGGCUUAGAUCCAUUGGAGUGAAGGAGCCGUACAUAGAAAAGCUUUAUGAGGAAGAAGUAAAUGGACAAAUCCUUCUUACACUGGAUGAGGACUUUUUGAAGACAAACAUAUGCAUGAAGUCAGGGCCUGCUCAUUUGAUAAUUCAAAAGAGAAAUGAGCUCAUCAACUCAAAGCAAAAACCUCAAGAGAAGAUUAAGCCAAACCCCGGUAAAAACACGGAGGACAAGCAAAACAUUCAUCAAAAAGCAGUUCAAGGUCAUCCAGCACAGACUUCUGUAAGAAAUACAGAGGACUCUGUCGAGAGACAAACUGCUCAAGAGCAAUGUGUCCUGACUUCAAAGGAAGACUGCAGACCAAGACCAUUCGAUCAAGAAGAGAUUGAUUUCAUAUAUGUCAAGAACAGAGUCCUGCAACCUGAAUCGGGUGCUUUUAAUCUAACAUCUCCAUGCCAUGAGUUUAAGUCUUUAUCUAAAGCCUCUACAUUGGAUCGCACAAGACUACAAGCUAAGUUUGCCAAAGAGGUCCUUAAAUUUGGAACUGGCUGUAUGAAUAUCAGAACAAAUGGCACAAUACACUUUGGCGUAAUGGAUAGCAAGGAGGAUGCAGGAUACGUGCAUGGUGAAAUAAUUGGUAUCGCUGUACAAGAGAAAGACAUUUAUGUGGAUGCUUUGGACUACAUUGAGAGGAGUAUCUCCUGUGACAAGGAGCAUGUUCGCCAAUGUGUGCGGCCACCAAGGUUCAUUGAGGUUUUGGAUCGAGAAAGUACGGAGAAGAGGUAUGUGGUAGAAGUUGACAUUGUGCCUUCAAUAAGUAUUGUUAAGAGCAAGGUGUAUGCAGUCCGUCUCCCAAACUUCAAAGAGUCAACCAACAAAGUAGAAUUUGAGAAAGAAGCAAUUCUGCGGAGGGUUGGUUCGAAAACAGAGCCAGUGAAUGACAAAGACCAAAGUGAUUUUUACCAGCGAGUCCAAGAUCGGGAUGCUCAAAGAGAAGAGGCAGAACAAAAUCUGUACCUCAGUGCCCCAGACUUCUGCCAAGAUCUCGGAAGGAAACUCAAAGUGCUAAUGACCAGUGGGAAGAAAUUAAUUGAAAAGGAAAAAUGGUUCAUAUUUGUCACAAACAAAUUCAGCCCAAAUGACCUUUGCCAUAUUGAUUGGCUGCUUAACAUGAACGUGUUCUGUGUGUUUGACUUUGACCCAGAGUCAAAGACAUCAGGUCUUUGCAGUAAAUACCUUCAGCAUCACACUGCAAACAUGCAUUCUCUGCAGAGCUAUAGGUUAUCUGGUGACAUGAGCAUCAAAGAAUUCACAAGCCACUUGCAUCUGUUUGACCAAACUAGCUGGAUCUUUUGUAACGGCCGUUCUGACUUCAAAGGAAAUGAAACUCCAUGUGAUGAGAUGACUUGGAUAAAGACAAAAAUGACUUUCCUGCGGGAAUCUGUGUCUUUGAUCUGUAAACAAAUCUUGCCAAAAGGGGCGUUCCAGGUCAUUUUUCUUCUCACAUCACCAGUAGAGAAACCUCUCUUGCACACCUUCUACGAGUUUUUCACAGACAUGGAAGGCCAUGAAGACAUCAUCUGCAUCUGUGAAUCAGAGAAAAACUUCCAGAAGUGGCAAAGCUUUGCAGAGGGGUCAUGUGGAACAGAAACUGUGGACAACUCCAGUGUCGUCGGGAUGAAGAUGAGUCACAUUGAUUCAACUCUCCAGCAAAUACAACCCUUAAACACACUUAUCAGCAAACGCUUGCCAGUCUUUGUGAAAGGGACAUGUCUUCUUGAAACACUCAUAGAGGAACAGAUGUAUUCCCUGGAAAUUCUGAGUGUCGAUCAUUGCAAUGAAACAAGCAAAGAAUUCAUUGAUGAAGAAAAAGCAAACAUUGAAGCGCAGUUUUACCGUGGUGGGAUAGUAAAGUGGUUGAAUUUCUGGCUUGCUGAACAGAAGUACGUUGGAGAGGUUAUUGAAAGAGAUGCUUAUAAGGAUGUUUCCAAACUUCUCAAUGACGCUUUGAAACGAAAAACAGAUCAGUCUCCGGUGAACAGUAUAAACAUCUACCAUCAUCCAGGGAGUGGUGGAAGCACUGUGGCAAGACAAGUACUUUGGAACACCAGGAAAGAUCUAAGGUGUGCAGUUGUGAAGCCUUCAUAUGCAGCUGGUCUUGUUGCGCAACAUGCAGUUGAGCUAAGAGAAUAUGAAGAAAAAGAUCCACAGACAUGUCUUCCUGUGCUUCUUCUAAUUGAAGACUCAGACAAAGAAUAUCUAGAUGAUCUUAGGAAUGAAUUUGAAGUUGCCACCAACACCAAAAGAAUCCAAUGUGGAACCCUAUGUUUCAUUUUGUUGAGCUGCAGACGAUCCCAUGAUCCAGAGAAUAAGUGCACGGAGUCUCCAUUACAGAAUGUGUCUGUCACCCACAAACUGAGUGAUAAAGAGAAAAGAAAGUUUGCUGGAAAACGUGAGGUACUUGAAGAACGAUAUGCGCCUGAAUUCAUCUUGACAUUUGUUCUGAUGAGCGAAGGAUUCAGUGAUGAAUAUGUUCAACACUUUGUGGAACAUUUGCUUCAAGGCAUUGACCGUCAGGCUGUGGUCACACGCCUCAUUUGCUAUGUUGCACUGCUGAACACUUAUGUCCAAAACUCCUUCAUCUCUCAGUCCCAUUGUCAGGCUUUGCUUAACUUUACCAUUUACUUGGAAAGGUUUCGCCAGCAUGGGUUUGAGAAAUCACUCAGUGAUCAGGCUAAACUAGUCUUCUUGCAUCUUAAAGAUGACAAGACACACAUUGAAUCAAUCAGAAUCAUUCAUCCACUGGUUGCAAAGGAAAUUCUCCAACAACUUUUGGAGAACCAACAGACCCAAAGCAGUUUAGCAAUGGAUUUGCUCUAUGAGAAGGUGCUUUUUGAGCACAGAUUUGGAAGGGACGGAUAUAUGUUGUUUUUGAGAGCACUUUUCUUAAGGCGAGCCAGAAUAAGCAAAGGGGAUAAAACUAAUAGUUUGUUUGCUCCUCUGAUUGAGCAUGUUUGUGAAAAGGAGAAAAGCCCAGACAAAGCAAUUGAGUUACUCAAAGAAGCAUUCGAUCGUUUCGGUCAAGAUCCACUCUAUGCACAACAAGUCGCUCGUCUUCAUUAUACUUAUGAAAGGUUUGAAGAUGCAAAACAGUGGGCGGAGACAGCAGCCAAACAGCUGCCAAACAACUCCUACAUACUCGACACAAAGGGGCAGGUGUACAAAAAAUGGUUCCAAGCUAAACACAAAGCUAUUGAAAAUAAACCAAAGACAGCAGAACAAAUAGCAGAUGCUGUGGAGACUGCACUGAAGGCUGUGAAGUGUUUUCAAGAGUGUGAAAAAGCAGCUGUUGCUGAAAAGGGUACCCAUAACAGCUCAGGGUAUGUUUCUGAAGUGGAGGUUGCAUGCAGCUUGCUCAAACUGAUCUCUUCAUCACUAGUGUUUUCAAACCAAGCAAAUGGCCAUUCAGAGUGUAUGAAGUACCUGUUAACAGAUUACAUUCCUGAGGAAGUUGAAGAUGCAUGGCAACCCUUUCAUAUCGGUUUGAAACAACUUCACAAGACAACACAAGAUGCCUUGGAAUGGAUCUCAGAAGACCUCAGUUACUUCCAGACGGACAUCGAUUUAGAUGGAGAAGAGACCCCUGAAUGUCCUGAGGGGAUGUUAAGUAAUCCACUGAAAUGGUUAACAGAAAAAUCUUCAGAGUAUGGAAAGUACUUCAGUGAAGCUGAUGUUACUGCACUUGACAGGGAAUCAAUCCCUGCCAAUCUAACCUCUUUCCAAAAACGCAUGCUCAUCUGUCAGCUUGGUGGUGGUAACAUAACAUCAGUCCUCUCCAAGCUAACUGACCAGAGGGAGGCAGUACCUCUUCUAGAGAAAAUAAUUUCUCUCUACCCCAGCAAUCCAAUAAAAGCCAAAUUCGGUCAAAUGGAUAUUGUCAAUUACAUCACGGCCCACAUCACUCUGAACUGCCUGUCACCACAUAACCAACAUAUAGCUCCUCUGAAAGAUCUGCAGGCACUUUGUCAUCAGUUCCCAAAUGAUAAAAGGAAAUGUUUAACACAUGCACUGUUCUGGCUUACAUUGCUGUUCUGGCCAGAGGAUCAUGACACAGAUGUGGAGAAAGAAACCAAAUAUGAGAUUGUUCAAUCAGCUGUUGAACACCUGGAAAAAGGGUACUGGAUCAAGAUGAAGGACAUUCUUCAGCGAAAGAGAAGGCUUUACACCCAUUUUUUACUUGGCAGUGGGAAUGGAUUGGAUAAAUUUGUCCACAAGAAAAAGUUUGAUAGAGUCACAAAGCUGUUCUCUGCGUCUGAAAAACGCAUGAAGUGGUUCAGGGUCGAAGCAUGGAAAAAGCCUGAGAUUGCCACAAUGCUGAAACGUGUUUCCGGAUGGACUGAAGAUGGAGUGGUGUACCUCGACGGCCCACGGAAAAAGAAGUUCCAUAUCCUGCCUCUUCAUGUUCCUUCAGUGCCUCACAGUAAUGAAAACAUCACAUUCUACCUGGGGUUUACCUUCCGAGGCCCUGUUGCCUACAACAUUGUUGUGAAACAAUAAUUGUUCAAUAAACAAUGAUCCUGUCAUAUAGGGCUUGGCAGUAUAUUGCUAAAGCAUUUGGCCGAGUAUCUUAUCUAUUCAAACACAACAAGGCUCUUACCAUAGUUUGCCAAGUAUAGGCAAUAUUUGUCAAAGACAACAAUUAAACUGUUAUUAUCAAUGAUUUUUUUUUUUUUCUAAGAAAGUUUUAUAAUGAUUUUUUCUAUCUUAUACUUAGCGACAUGUACUACAAAAUACAGCUCAAGUGGCAUUUGAAAAAAACGAUGUUGUAUACAGUAUGUAUGAACAUUGACUAUGCCAUGAUUGACUGGAUUCCUGGGGUAAUAACAAUGCAAACUGUUUUUGCUACUCUACAGCUCAAUGCUUCACUAAUGGGAACCUGUGUUGUCCCCGUGUAGACUUGUAUCUAGUAUCCCAUUAUUUUCAGAUUGUUUGUAGUUCCAGAACUGCAAUUCACAACUGGCAUCAAGAUGUAUUUCGAAUGCAUCUCAAGUGAGGAUGUGUGCCUGGAUUUUGCUAACUUUAUUGCUGCUAGACAGAAAAAAGUUGAAUUGAUGUUCAAAGUGUCAACCUUUCCUCAACAAUAUUGCCUUCUUUAUCAUGAUGGCUUAUACUCGCUCUUUUAUAUUUUUCAGAAUACAACCCAGAAAGGGAUUAAAUAUAUCUAAUGGGAAUUGUAUCAGUGUUUUAACAAAUCAUGUAUUAAGGGCUAAACGGCAGGAUUAUGUACAGUUGGAAAAUAAUGUGUACUCGUAUUGAUAUGCAACAGAAACACAUGUAUUAAAGUGUAAAAAUCCCUACCUGUCCAUAAAAUGAGCAAGUCCGGCAACAACCUGUACUUGUUUUCCUAUAUUUUUAUAUAUAUUUUUAUUUUCUUCUUGUAUUAAAAGCGUUGUAGCCUAAGCCCCUACCUGUACUUACUAUUGAAUGUUUUUUUGUUUUUGUUUUUUGCAUUAAAUGCUUGGUUUAUGAUACUGAAGAAAUAUUUGACUGUUGUGAUUGGUGUUCUUCCAUACAUUUGAAACAUUUAGCUGAAUACAAUAAACGUUUUAACCUUA